CCACGUGGGCACAGCGGAGUGAAAUCCCUGUGUACUGAGACACGAUCCGGAGAUCCUUCGUGUCCAUCAUUGAGCUGUGCGAAUCACUGACACAUGGCCCUCCUCUUUCCAGCUGCAGACAGUAAGCCCACCACACACUCCUCCAUCCACACCAUGCACACUGCAGCUGAAGCUCUGCAGGACACAAGGAGUGCUUCACUAAGCACUGAACAUCCCAGAGCAACAUUGCUUUCACUGUCUCUUCUCUCCGAUCAUAUCUUAUACCCAGUCGGAUAAAUGCCAUGCGCCUUCUUCAUCUUUCCACUCUUCUUGUGGUGGUGCUGGCUGUAAGAGCACACCGACAUUUGCUGCCCGGAUCUUGUAGCUUCGAGAGUGACACAUGUGGCUACACUUCGGAUCCUGCACAUGCUACCUGGACAGUGAACAACGAAGGUACUCAAGUUGCUUGUGGUCUGUGUAUACAGUUAACAGGUCGCUUCAUAGCUGCAGACUCCUCACUGAUGGGCGAGGCUGACAAGGCUGUUUUGGUGAGCCCUGAACUUGAAAUCUUUGAAUGGAGCUGUUUACGUCUAGUGUACCAAAUCGCCGGGGUAGGCUCACUACAGGUUCACUUGCGCCCUGAUGGUGAGAACUUUGACCACUUGCUAUGGACGGUGGACAAACCCUCAGACAGCUGGUUAAUAGCCAGUGUGGACCUGCGCAACUUUUCCAGAGCCUACCAGCUUUUAAUGGAUGCCAGGCCCAACAAAGGGAAAGGAAACAGUAUUGCUAUCUUUGAAAUUCAUAUCAUACCCGGUUACUGUAUAGAGUGUAACUUUGAGGAAGAUCAUUUGUGUGGCUACCAAAACCUGUGGAACCCCAAUGUGAACUGGUUAAUGGGAGGAAGCCUCACUCGAUACCCUCAGUCCAACCUCCUAUAUGACAAGACUAUAAACAAUGACAGAGGAUCAGGUCGCUACAUGUAUGUCAGCUCGCUUUAUACCAAGGACUUCCAAGAGGUGGCAAAACUCGUGUCACCAAUGAUCACUAGUCCCAUGUACGGCUGCUUGUCCUUCUACUACCAGAGGAACCAAUCCAGAGGCAACUUCUUCUCUGUGUUCACCAGAGACCAGCUGGGCCACUAUGAGGAGAUAUGGAGGCCAGAUGUGUAUGCCACAUCCACUUGGAAACUAGUGCAGGUGGACAUUAAGGUUUACCAUCCAUCAGAGGUGGUGUAUGAGGUAGCGUUCAACAGUCCUAAUGGCGGCUACGUAGCUGUGGAUGACAUUGCCUUUUCUCCCAAGUUCUGCCACAAUGCAACACAGCCCACCUUUGACCCUUCUGUAGCUAACUGUGAUUUUGAAGAGAGUCUGUGUCGGUACUAUCAGGAGCAAGUUGGAGGCGCCGUGUGGAACAGAGUGUCUGUGAAACCAAACGUCUAUAGGAUCGGAGAUCACACUAAUGGCGAGGGCUGGUUCCUCAUGGCCAACACUCGUUACAAAUCCCACAUGGGUUACGUGAGCCGCCUGCAUGGACCCUUUCUUCCAGGAAACCACAAAUAUUGUCUCAGGUUCUAUUACGCUCUGCACGGCUUAAGGAAGAUUGACAACACCCUGGCACUGUAUGUCUAUGAUGAGCACAAUGUAGCUCAGGCUAAGAUCUGGACAGUGUCUGAAAGCUCCAGAGACGUGUGGACAGAGGUGGAUGUUACAUAUCAGAGGCCAAUGCCAACUAAGAUUGUGUUCGUCAGUAUUUGCAGAAGCUUCUGGGGCUGUGGGCUUGUAGCUCUGGAUGACAUCAAGGUCACUCUUGGGGACUGUAUUAUGACCACAGGUCCUUUGCGACCACCACCGGGACACUGUUACUUUGAGACCGGAGACUGUGGAUAUACUCAGGAAAAAAGGUUUAAGAAAGCACACUGGUUACGGAACAGAGGUCCUACACCCACAUCCUAUACAGGGCCCAAGGGGGACCAUACCUUAGGGGUAGGGUACUACAUGUACAUUGAGGCCUCCAACAUGUUGCCGGGACACUCAGCACGUUUGGUGACCCCGGAUCUACGGGGUUCAUUCAGGACACAGUGUCUAACCUUCUACUACCAUAUGUAUGGAACUGGAACAGGCUUCCUCAACAUUCUACUGCGACAGAAGGGCAAAGUCAAAGAGACGCUGCUCUGGAGCCAAAAAGGAGAGCAGAGUAUCUCCUGGAUGAAGGCUACUGUGGAUUAUGACUGCAUUCCCAAGCACAAUAUUAUAAUUGAAGCUGUCAGAGGCCCUUCAUUAAGAAGCGACAUUGCUAUUGAUGACAUUGUGUUUCAAACAGGACCAUGCCAAGAUCACGGUGACAGCUUUUACUCAGGCUUCUCUGAGGACUUCAAUGAGAUUGAGUACUAAGCAAAGCACUGGAAUAUUCUGUGUUUGUAUCUGUUUGUUUGUUGCUAUGCAUGACCAAACUGAGAAACACAUUUUGUUGGUUUUCUUAGUGGAAUGCUUUCAUGGACAUAAUAUCACCAGAGUUUUUAGAUGUUGCAAGGAUAGCUUGGAAACUUUAUUUUAUAAAUCUUGCUUAGAAGUUCUUAAAUUAGAAAUGCUUUUUGUAUUUUAAAGUAGCCGUUUGUCAUUAUUCCAGUCGUCUUCUUGAAAUGCAAACACUGACCUGCCGUUAUCCUUGCUGUUGAAACUAUAUGUGCCUUGUGAGCUGCAUUUAAAGACCGAGCAGUUCUGUAGAGGAAGGGCUAUUUUCCGAGUUGGAAAAAAAAUUUAACAGAAGUUCCGUGGGAUCUAAGGAAACUUUGAAGGAGGUGAUUAUUAUGCCUAUAAGCACUUUCAUAUAUUGCAGACUGUACCUUUAAUACUUUUUCUUCAUUGACAUCACACAACAUUUUGCCUUUUAUUAUUAUUAUUAUUAUUAUUAUUAUUAUUAUUAUUAUUAUUAUUAUUAUUAUUAUUAUUUUGUCUGUAUUGCUGAAGUGAAAGGUUUGAUUAUGUUUGAAUAUCAUAAAACCUAAGGAGCAAUAACACUAACUUCUUGCUGACACUGUGUAUUUAUACUGAACAAAACCAUAUUGUAAUGUAUUGUAUUGUUUGUAUGGUCACUGAUGUCAUGUCACAUCAUAUCAUGUCAGGUUCAUUACAUUUUGAUUAACACAUCAAACUUCAAAAUUUGUACCUUUUGUAUUAUUCAGAUUGCUUUUAAUAAGUUCAUGAUUUGUAUGAUUUUACUGUAUUAUAUCGAAUGAAUAAACACUGUUUGAUACAGAAGCCCUCAA